AUGGUUGACCAUCAAUCCUAUUUGAGUCUGCAUAGCCCAGCAAUUUCUGAACGCGAGAAAAUACUUUCUUCAAAAGCUCAACUGUACCAGACCACCAUCGGCGACAAACUCAUUGGUACCAGACCACCAUUGGUGACAAACUCAUUGGUACCAGACCACCAUUGGUGCCAGGCUCGUUGGUACCUGACCACCAUUGAUGCCAGGCUUGUUGAUCCCAGACUACCAAUGAUUCCAGGCUCAAAUGUACCAGACCACCAUCGGUGCCAAGCCCAUUGGUACCAGACCACCAUUGGUGCCAGGCUCGUUGUGCAGCGUGGAUUAUGUCUACAUGUCUCCAGACAGAAUCUACACUGUGAUUCAGGAAGGUCUGUAGCCACUGAGGAGGCAUUUGAAGAGGAUCAACACUACAACCACAAAUGGUAUCAUCACAAAGACACCAGAUUUGAACAUUACGCACAAAGUGAAAAUGUUCAGGGACAAGGCAUCAGCAACUCCAACAAUCCGAAGGAGGGACCGAAAGUUGCUGUGAAAGAGUUGAAGUUAGACUUCAAUGAUAUCAUAGUGGGAAAGGAUCAGUGGAGUGUGGAAGACAAAGUUUCUCAACAUAUUUUACGCAAUUUGUUGGACCAUAUCUUGAUGAGGUCAUUUAUUAUAGCAUUGCUUAUUGGGAGCUGUAUUUCAAUUAGUUGUCAGACCAAUCCUGUCAUGUUAGAGCGGUACUUCGUAAUCUUUGUGACCUUUGAGCAGGUGGUGGCGACGAUUUUUUUUUGGGAAAUGUUGCUGAAAUGGUACUACGGCUUCUGGAUAUUUUGGAAGGAUGGCUGGAAUAUUGCUGAUUUCAUUGUCACAUCCACCUUAUUUUUGGGCUCCACAUUGUCAAGCAGUAAUCAGAUUUUCUAUGUAUUGAGAGUGCUCAGAGCUCUGAGAAUGGUGAGGAGUUUGGCUGCCAUCCAGGGCCUGGCCAUUAUGGUGCAAGUGAUUGUCCAGUCAGUGUAUGAUAUGGCCAACGUUAUCUUCCUGCUCAUCCUGAUCACAUUGGUUUUUGCGGUGUUUGGGGUGAUCCUCUUUAGCAGUCAUGUUCCAGAAUCAUUCGGAAGUUUGGAAAAAGCUAUGUAUUCGCUGUUUGUCUGCAUCACACAAGAUGGAUGGGUGCAAAUCUAUGAACAAUUCCAGGCAGAGGAUGGAGUGAUGAUGUAUUGGGGUGCAUUGUACCUCUUUAUCUUCAUCAUAGGAGCAUCUUUUAUCUUUGCAAACAUAAUGGUUGCUGCAGUAACUUCAAAUCUGGAGCAAGCAAUCAUGCAGAAGCAGGAGGAGCAGAGGCAUACACUGACUGGUGGGUCAGGUAUGAUAUCUGAGUUAAAAGAUGAACACGACAGUAGCUCGGAUAUGGACCUGGUGCAUGUGAAAGAUUGUAUAAAGCAAAUAAUCAUAGCUCACAAACAGCAGCCGUUGAAGUAUAGCUCCCUGGAGAAUCUCAGCAUCUCCACGUACGAGGAGUUCUGCCUGGUGCUGGAAGCCAUCCAGAUAAACAUUGUGAAGUAUAAGAUAAUUCGUUCCGAGAUCAAUAGCAUCGUCAAAGAUAUGCGAGAGUUAUAUUUUAAUCGUGAGCAGCAGAAGCAUAUCAUACACAAUGAGAAGAAGAUAUUGGAGGUGAGCCAGGGACAACUCCUCCCUGACAUCGGAGCAUUCAGAAAGAGGGAAAUGCUCAGCAGCGUUUUGUCAAACGAAAAGCUGCAUGCACGGGUUCCCAAUAUUCUGCCAAUUGCACUGCUGCAGCCUAUUCACAAAGCAGUGUGGUCUGUGAGCAGCAACCAAGAUGUAGAGGAUCCAGGGUCUCCCUCGAUGGCCUUCUGA